AUGGAGCUGGAGGCACUGUUGUCCAGGUGCCCGGUGGCCGCCGCUGCCUUUGGCGCGGUGGCGGCGGCGCUGUGCGCGCCGAGCACGCCCGGCCGCCAGGUGGCCAUGGUGGCAGCCUCCGUGGUCCGCGCCGCUGGCCCGACGCCCCACGGAGCGCGUGGAGGUGAAGGCGUCCCGGUGUGUGGCGAGGGUGUCACGGCUGCGGCGCACAUCAACAUCCAGGAAGACCUCUUGCUGGCCGCGCAGGCGUCUUUGGGUCUGAAGCAGAAGCCAGGCGUAUCGGACAGGAUGCAGCUCCUUAGCCUCGAAGUGCGGUCGGCUCCGAAGCUGCGGAACACCGAGGCCCACAUGGCGGCGAGCCUUCCGGCGGCGGUGGCGGCUGCGCUGAUGGGCUCGCCUGUGUCGGGCGACCAGCAGCCCGGCUCGGUGGGCCGCUUGGUGCUUGACACGGUGUCCAGCGAGGAGUUUGCGACGGCCUCUGACUCCCAGCACGGCUCCUUGCCGCUGGUGAAGAAGCUGGCGUCGUCCCAGGCGCCGGCCUCGGACUUCCUGCACGACCCCGAGAAGCAGGAGGUAAAGUUGGAGGAGGUCAAGUUGCUGGUCUCGGACGAGCAGUUCGUCAAGAGCGGCUGCGCCACGCCUACCGCUGCCUGCUUGGGUGGGCGCAUGGGCGGGGCCAAGUUCCCUGUGGAGGCCGAGGCGCCGACGGAGGCCGCGCCGCCCUUGAAGCAGGCCUCAGCUAUGGGAACCGCCGCGUACGACGAGGAUGAGCUCCGCGAGGUGACCAAGGGCCUCAGCGAGCGCCAGUCCUUAGUCCUGGCCGUCGUCGACGGCAUCGUGGAGGGCAAUGUCGAUGUGUCCCUGUCUGAAGUCCUCAGGCUGCUGGACGGCAUGGGAGUUGUAGGGCUCGUCUGCAUCCUCUCGAGGGCCUUCUCGAAGAACCCGCAGUGCCUGGAGGAGCUGCAGUACGCUUUCAAACAGCACAGCAACUCGAAGGGCAUCCUUUUGCUCAUGUACGAGGACUUCGAGAUGUCGCCCGAGAUGAUGUUCAUGAUCGGCCGUCACAGUCAGGCGGUGGUCCAGCCGUCGGUGCGGACCAAGUGCAAGUGCGAGCGGAGGUGCGAGUGCACGGGCGAGCUGCUGAUUCGUGCGCGGGAGAUCGCCGAGGAUUGGUUAACGGGCCUCCGAGCAGGCGGCUUCAGCAUGUCCUUCUUGAACGCCAUGAAGAAAAAGAAGUAUGCGAGAGAGUCCACGGUGAGCAACGACAGCACGGAGGAGUGGAACCCCAAGGAGGUGCACCAGAAGUUGCUGCAGGAGCUGACCAGCGACAUGAAGCUCAAGAGCAUUAACGACCUCCUAGGCUUUGUCGGCAUUAUCGGCAGCACCGCCUUCUACAACCCAGCCUCCGAGAGCAUCUGCCGCGAGAUCGGCGUCCGGCUCGCCGGCGUGCUGCCGGAGACCGUGGCGGUCUGCACGGGCGGCUUCACCGGCACGGGGGAG